GAUUUUAAAUACAUUUAUUGUAUUCUUUGUACAGGCUGUGAAAUCCAGUAAGCUUAUGGCUUAUGAUUAUGGAAAAGCUGGAAAUAUGGCACAUUAUAAUCAGUCGACCCCUCCCCUGUACAACGUGCGGGACAUGACAGUACCCACAGCCUUGUGGUCUGGUGGGCAAGACACUCUGGCAGAUCCUCAGGACGUGGCUGUACUGCUUACACAGAUACCUAAAUUGGUGUACCACUGCAACAUUAAGCACUGGGAGCACCUGGACUUCAUCUGGGGUUUGGAUGCCCCACAAGAGAUGUACAACAAAAUGAUCGAAAUGAUGAGGGAGAAUGUGUGAAGAGACAUUUUGAUUGAGCAGUAGGUUCUAUCAGCAGUUUUUUUUAAACAUUCCUUGAGCUUGAACUAAUACUUUUGUACCUCUUUGUUUGUUCUUUCUGUAAGCAGAUGAACCCAUUUGUUUGAGGUGCUGUUAACCAAAUCAGCAAUUUGCGAAUGUAAAUUUGAUAUUACAAACUGAUUUAAGCCUUCGGGCCAUCACCCAGAGACCAGAGUUUUACACUCAUGAUCAGGUGUUGCCUUUUAAGGACAUGCACUUGUUUAAUGUGUUUUUUAACUAGCUUUUACUAACAACUACAUCUACAAACUCACUAUACCGUAGCAUUUCAUGGAGUGUCUAAAGGUUUUGUCACAAUGAAUUUUGUAAAACAUGACUUGAAAUAAACAUACAUUGGUGCAGAAGACGUGUAUACAAAAAGUAACUUGUCUUGGUGAGAGAUUUUACAUUUAAACCAACAACUUUACUCAAACCAAAUCCAUAUGAAAUCUUGCAGUGCUA